AUGCUGUUUCCUAGGCAAGGAGGCAAGGGAGCCCAGCGCCUGCUGCUCUUCGUUUUGUUCCUCGCAGCCUGGAAGACUGGGAGUGGUCAGGUCCACUACUCGGUCCCGGAGGAGGCCAAACACGGCACCUUCGUAGGACGCAUCGCGCAAGACCUGGGGCUGGAGCUGGCAGAGCUGGUGCCACGCCUGUUCCGGGUGGUGUCCAAAGGGCGUGGGGACCUUCUGGAAGUAAAUCUGCAGAAUGGCAUUUUGUUUGUGAAUUCUCGCAUCGACCGCGAGGAGCUUUGCGGGCUGAAUCUGGAGUGCAGCAUCCACCUGGAGGUAAUUGUGGACAGGCCGCUGCAGGUUUUCCAUGUGGAGGUGGAGGUGAAGGACAUUAACGAUAACCCACCGGUUUUCAGAGGGAGAGAACAAAGGUUAUUUAUUCCUGAGUCUAGACUGGUGGAUUCACGUUUCCCGAUAGAGGGUGCUGCUGAUGCGGACAUUGGGACCAAUGCUCUAAUAACUUACACCCUCAGCCCCAGUGAUUAUUUCUCUUUGGAUGUACAGGCAAGUGAUGAACUGAGUAAGUCACUUUCACUUGAAUUGAGGAAAUCUUUGGAUAGAGAAGAAACACCAGAACUUCGUUUAUUAUUGACGGCCACUGAUGGGGGCAAACCAGAGCUGGAAGGUACAGUUCAGCUGCUGAUCACAGUGCUGGACGUUAAUGAUAAUGCCCCAUUGUUUGCCCAGGCUGUGUAUAGAAUCCAUUUAUUAGAGACUACAGCAAAUGGAACAUUAGUGACUACAUUAAACGCCUCUGAUGCCGAUGAAGGUGUAAAUGGCGAAAUUGUCUUUUCCUUUGGCAGUGAUGUUCCCCUAAACAUUCAAAAAAACUUCAAAAUUCAUUCCAGCUCAGGAGAAAUUAGGCUAAUUGGUAGACUGGAUUAUGAAGAAACAAAAUCUUAUGAAAUUCAUGUAAAAGCAGUUGAUAAAGGAAGUCCUCCAAUGUCAAAUCACUGCAAGGUUUUAGUGAAAGUGCUAGAUGUAAAUGAUAAUGCUCCACAACUGGCAGUCACAUCUCUGUCUUUGCCGGUCAGAGAGGACACCCCACUCAGCACCGUCAUUGCUUUUGUUUCCGUGUCCGACCGCGACUCCGGUGUCAACGGGCAGGUGACCUGCUCUCUGAUGCCUCACAUCCCCUUCAAGCUGGUGUCCACCUUCAAGAAUUACUAUUCGCUGGUGCUGGACAGCGCCCUGGACCGCGAGAGCGUGGCGAACUAUGAGCUGCUGGUGACCGCAAGGGACGGGGGCUCGCCUUCGCUGUCGGCCACGGCCAGCGUGUCCGUGGAAGUGGCCGACGUGAACGACAACGCGCCGACAUUCGCGCAGGCCGAGUACACGGUGUUCGUGAAGGAGAACAACCCUCCCGGCUGCCACAUCUUCACGGUGUCCGCGCGGGACGCGGACGCGCAGGAGAACGCGCUGGUGUCCUACUCGCUGGUGGAGCGGCGGGUGGGCGAGCGUGCGCUGUCGAGCUACGUGUCGGUGCACGCGGAGAGCGGCAAGGUGUACGCGCUGCAGCCGCUGGACCACGAGGAGCUGGAGCUGCUGCAGUUCCAAGUGAGCGCGCGCGACGCGGGCGUGCCCCCGCUGGGCAGCAACGUGACGCUGCAGGUGUUCGUGCUGGACGAGAACGACAACGCGCCCGCGCUGCUGCCGCUGCCUGGGGCGGGCGGCGCGGGCGGCGCCGUGAGCGAGCUGGUGUGGCGGUCGGUGGGCGCGGGCCACGUGGUGGCGAAGGUGCGCGCGGUGGACGCGGACUCGGGCUACAACGCGUGGCUGUCGUACGAGCUGCAGCCGGCGGCGGGUGGCGCGCGCAGCCCGUUCCGCGUGGCGCUGUACACGGGCGAGAUCAGCACGACGCGCAGCCUGGACGAGGCGGACUCGCCGCGCCAGCGCCUGCUGGUGCUGGUGAGGGACCACGGCGAGCCGGCGCUGACGGCCACGGCCACCGUGCUGCUGUCGCUGGUGGAGAGCGGCCAGGCGCCCAAGGCCUCGUCGCGGGUGUUGGCGGGCGCCGCUGGCGCGGAGACGGCGCUGGUGGAUGUCAACGUGUACCUGAUCAUCGCCAUCUGCGCGGUGUCCAGCCUGCUGGUGCUCACGCUGCUGCUGUACGUGGCGCUGCGGUGCUCGGCGCCGCCCAGCGAGGGCGCGUGCGGGCCGGGGAAGCCCACGCUGGUGUGUUCCAGCGCGGUGGGGAGCUGGUCGUACUCGCAGCAGAGGCGGCAGAGGGUGUGCUCUGGGGAGGGUCCGCCCAAGACCGACCUCAUGGCCUUCAGCCCCAGCCUACCUCAAGUUCCAGGCUCCGCAGAUGAAAGACAACAACCCUCAGAGUCAGAACACUUAGGAAAGGUGAGUCUUUUCCAUCGAUUCUAG